ACGCCGCCGUCGGCGCCCGUCACCUGGCGCAGCUCCUACUGCUUCUCCGACGACGCGGCCAGCCGCGCCUCGCUCGCCACCAUCAGCAUGGGCUCCACCGACGGCCGCCGCGUCGUCGUGCGCCGCGUGCCCACCUCGCCUUCCGAUCUGCUCAACAUCGUGCAGCCGCGAACGCCUUCUGAUGAUGAGGCAUCAGUUUCGACUACAAGCAGUAGCAGCUAUUUUGACCCUAGUAGAGAAUACCUUCACAUUCCAAGAAGGCAGCAUUGGUCUAAUAAGGCACAGUUUGUGUUGGCCUGCAUUGGGUACUCUGUGGGGCUUGGAAAUGUCUGGAGGUUUCCAUAUCUCUGCUACAAGAGUGGAGGAGGGGUCUUCUUGGUGCCAUAUUUUAUUAUACUAAUAAUAUGUGGUAUCCCAAUGCUGUACAUGGAACUAGCUGUUGGGCAGUUCACCAGGAGAGGGCCCAUCGGUGCACUAGGAAAACUCUGUCCACUUUUUAAAGGCGCUGGACUGGCAAGUGUUGUAAUAUCGUUCAUUAUGUCCACAUACUACAAUGUCAUUAUUGCGUAUGCAGUUUACUACUUUUUUACUGCAUUUAAGACUGAAGUUCCAUGGCAUGAAUGUGGUCAUCGAUGGAAUACUCGAAACUGUUGGACUUCAUCAAAUCUGAAAUUUAACUUCACAAAAUCAAACAAUUCCAAAUCACCUACUGAAGAAUUUUAUGAGAAUAAGGUCCUAAAAAUGAGUGGUGGCAUAGAUGAGCUGGGAGACAUAAGAUGGGAGCUAGCAGCUUGUCUUCUAGUUGCCUGGAUUCUUGUUUACUUCUCCAUAUGGAAGAGUGUUAAAUCCUCUGGGAAAGUGAUGUAUUUUACUGCCACUUUCCCUUAUAUAUUAAUUAUAGCUUUCUUAGCACGUGCACUCUCCCUGGAUGGUGCAGAUCGAGGUCUUAGAUACUUUUUUCAACCACAGUGGCACCUUUUGGCAGAUUCAAAGGUUUGGGUACAUGCUCUUGCACAGAAUUUCAAUUCUCUUGGAGUAGCAUUUGGAUCUAUGAUAUCAUUUGCUAGCUAUAAUCAUUACAACAAUCAAUUCCUAAUUGACACUUUAGCUGUAUCAACAAUAAAUGCCGUUACAAGCAUUCUCGUUGGUCUCUUUGCUUUUGCAACUAUUGGGAAUAUUUCUGUAGAGUUGGAUAAGCCAGUAGAAGCUGUUAUUUCAGAUGGCCCAGGUCUUGUGUUCAUUGUAUAUCCACAGGCAAUGGCUAAAAUGCCAGCAUCUCAGCUGUGGGCUGUUCUCUUUUUCUUCAUGUUGCUGUGUCUCAGCUUGAAUAGCCAGUUUGCUAUAGUCGAAGUUGUUGUUACAUCCAUACAGGAUGGUUUCCCAAACUGGGUCAGGAAAAGACUUAUGUGUCAUGAGAUGCUGGUACUGAUAGUGUGUGCUAUAUCAUUCCUUUUUGGUCUUCCACAUGUUACACAGGGUGGUAUCUACUUCUUCCAGUUAGUAGAUCAAUAUGCUGCUUCAAUAUCAAUAAUGUUCUUGGCAUUCUUUGAAGUGAUUGGAAUUUCUUGGCUGUAUGGUGCCCACAGACUUGCAAGAAAUGUAAAUGAUAUGACUGGCAGGUUUCCUUCACUUUAUAUAAGAUUUUGCUGGUGGGUAGCAGCACCCGUUCUUUUGAUGUGUGUGUGGGUAUUCUGCCUCAUAGAUUAUGAAUCUCCCACAUACAACAACGGAGAGUAUAGGUACCCAGUUUGGGCAGAAGUGCUUGGUUGGUGCAUAGCGUCAGCAUCACUCCUGUGCAUACCAGCAUUUGCUGUUGUUGUUGUAAUUAAGGCUGAGGGAUCAACACUUAAAGAAAAGCUAAAGAACUCCAUCAGGUCUCACAUAAUAGAAUGUGAACAAUGUGGUAGUGAUAGAUGUGAACAUUUAAAGCAAAACAAGGAGCAGCCACGGGAACUGUUAACAUUACUUGAUAAUAAAACUGAAUCUCAGCUAAACCAAAUUAUAACUGUAACCACACCUUAAAAACAUUAGAGAGUUUCCUAAGUGCUGGGCUUGCUCUUUUGAAAAACAGGUGUCCAGCAGUAUUAAAAAGACAUGCUUCAAAAUAGAAGUAUUUCCUCUAUAAAGGAUAUUAUAUAAAGGAGAUUAACUGUUGUGAACAUUGACUUAGUGGAAUUUAAAUUAUUGUUGUUUCUGCACUGCAGUUUGUGUGUUUACAACAGGUUAUUUUGUAAAUGACAGUUGUACCAGAUACAAAACCAUUUUAGAAAAACUUUGUCCCUCAUGCAUUCCCUGUGCCAUCAAACUUGCAUUUUACCUCAUUGUAGAUGGUUCAAAAGUUACAUCAUUAUCAUGUGUAGUUAAAAACCAUACUUCAUGAAGCUUAUAAAUAUAAAGAUUGUAAGUGUAUCAUAUUUUUUUAAGUUCUCUUGAUUAGAUAAGAUGAUCUGUCCAAAUAUUGUACUGUAGUAAUCAUGCUGUUAAUUGAGCACUGUAAGAUUAUCAUCCCAUUGUAGGAAAUAUUAUAUGUAUGUACUGUGUUCAAAGCAUUGUGGUAUUUAUCACAUUUGUAAAUAUGUAGUUUUUUGAUCUUUAGAUAUUGGAUACAUGCAAUUGUAUGUUGCUAUAUUUACUUAUAUAAGACUUCAUUGUGCAGAAAGAGGCUGAUAACUUAUUUCACUUAAGUAGUUCUAACUUCCCUCAAAUUUGUCAUUCAUUGAUUGCCAAUCAGAAACAGAGUCCAAAUUUCGGAGUCCUGAGCCAAAUGUGACCUGACAUUAUGUACAAACUCCUAAAACUGAACUGCAAAAUGUUAUUCCUAAAAGUUUGCCACUUCAGUCAUUUUACUAUGAACUAGUCACAGUCAUUUCCUGUCAUGUACUACGGUUGAUUGUUUCCUCUCCAAUCUCUUGUAAGUUAAUUGAUUUAUCUUUCUCCAUUAUUUCUGUGAAAUAAAAUGUGACAUGAG